AUGGUCUCGGGGUGGUGUCCGUGCGUGCCUCUAGGCCGCCGGGAAUCUCCUGUCCAGCAGCAGUCGGCCUCCUCGUCGAGGUGUUUCGGAAACGACGGUGCACCGUUCACCGUCAGCGCCGCGACGGAUCACGCAGAGAUGGUCCAGAUGUUCUACUACGAGAAUCGCGGGAAAUGCUGCAAGAAGCUUCUCCGAUACAACGGCUAUCCGAACAAGGUCCUUCUAUUUCCGGACGAAGGCUGGGCGAGAAGCGCGAGUAGUUCCUACUGGACUUUGACGCCUUUCUGGUGGAGUCGAAGUCGAUGCAAGGUCGUCGAAGUCGCUGGGACCAGGAGGUACAGCACUCAGGCGAAAAUGGUGGACACAGGAACCGGCACGCUUUACAUUAUCGGUUCGUUUAAGAGAAUGACAACCGAUCCCGAUUUCAAGUUGUACCUGACGUCGAACGUUUCGUCGAGCGACUUCAACAUGGGCUACAGUAUGACUGGCACGUUGGAGCGCGGCUGUAAAAAGACCAACACCUUCCAGAUGACUCACUUCGCGGUGAUUCGUCGACGGGACUACGAGAAGGCCUACGAGGAUCCUAACACCACCUAGUGUCCGUCCACGCCCACGUUGUCCGAGCGUGGGGAUUGCGAGCACUACGCGUAAAAUGGAAGGAAAGGAUGCAAUCCGCUUCGCGCCGUUAUCGCUAUCGCCGCCAACGCUGCCAUUUAUACUGACCGCGUUCCGAGCUUACCUACACAGCGUUCUAGUCAGCCACCUGCGGAACACGCGCGGAGGAAACGGAGGCCAGGUUGACGGGUUCCCGCGUGAAAGCGUGCGCGGGCGAACGCGCGAACAAAAGAAAGAAAAAAAAAAGGCGAAAAGCCAAACGUCCAAAGGUAGUGUUUAACUUAGGUCGAAUUAAAAUAGUUUGUAAUUAGCGACGCGAUCGAUACCUAAAUCGAGUAUACAAAGCAACGGUGAUCGAGAAAACCAAACGAGUUUCCAAAGUAUUAGCACGUAAGGUCGUAAAAUUUCUUCCCCAGCGACGAAUACGCUGGAGCAGCGUGUCGCGUCGUCUCCUAUGCGUGCCCUCCUUCCGGGACGACACUCGCAGCUUUUCGUCUACCGUUCGCGCGACACACGAUACGACACAGACACACGCAUUUUCGCUUCGUAA